GAAUCAAAUUCAAAGAGGUUUUCAAGUCCGCGAAAGUCUAUAAAAGGGGUCCAAGGUUUUAGUUUUUACGUAGCAAAGCAAAGAGUGCCUAGGCGAAAGGUUAGAGAGGCAGAGAAAAGGCAGUGUUGAGAAGGGAGAGAAAUGGGGGCCUGGGCAAUAGCAGUGCAUGGUGGUGCUGGUGUCGACCCUAAUCUCCCUAAAGAAAGACAAGAGGAGGCUAAGAGACUCCUCACUCGUUGCCUUGAUAUUGGAAUCUCUGCUCUCCGCUCUAACCUCCCCGCCAUUGACGUUGUAGAGCUUGUCGUGAGAGAAUUGGAAACCGAUCCUCUGUUUAACUCCGGGCGUGGAUCUGCCCUCACGGAGAAAGGAACGGUGGAAAUGGAAGCCAGUAUUAUGGAUGGUCCGAAAAGGCGGUGCGGUGCCGUUUCCGGGUUAACCACCGUUAAGAACCCAGUUUCCCUUGCCCGACUUGUAAUGGAAAAAUCACCACAUUCGUAUCUGGCCUUUUCAGGCGCCGAAGAGUUUGCCAAGAAACAGGGCGUGGAGAUGGUGGACAAUGAAUACUUCAUUACCGAAGAUAAUGUCGGGAUGCUCAAGUUGGCAAAAGAGGCUAACUCUAUCCUGUUUGAUUAUCGUAUCCCUGCUGUUGGCACCUGUGGAGCCGGUGCCGCCAUGGACAGUCCUUUGCAGAUGAACGGGCUGCCAAUCAGUGUCUACGCUCCGGAGACAGUCGGGUGCGUGGUGGUUGACAAGCAAGGCCGAUGUGCUGCCGCCACCUCCACCGGUGGGCUCAUGAACAAGAUGAGUGGAAGGAUCGGUGACUCGCCACUAAUAGGAUCGGGGACCUACGCAUCUGAGUUAUGCGGGGUGUCGUGCACCGGCGAAGGGGAAGCAAUCAUCCGGAGCACACUGGCGAGGGAAGUGUCUGCAGUGAUGGAAUACAAAGGGUUGAAUCUGCAUGAGGCGGUGGAUUAUGUGAUAAAGAAUAGGUUAGAUGAAGGCAAAGCGGGGCUGAUCGCGGUGUCCAAGGACGGUGAAGUGGCAUGUGGGUUUAACACCACCGGGAUGUUUAGGGGCUGCGCCACUGAGGAUGGGUUCAUGGAGGUGGGUGUCUGGUGAAACGUCAAUGGGUUGCCCUAAGAGAGAUUUGAUUUUUAUGUCUUUAGGUUUUAACCAUGUGCUUCACAGUAUCCCUGGUUUGGUCGGUCAAUGUGUAAUUGAAAUGCCCCCAUUAAUAAAAUUAGGAUCUUCCGUAUCAA